AUGGCGGGCCCCGCCACCAGCAUGCUGAAGAGCGGCCGCCAGCCCGCGGACGCCCUCUACUCUGGAGGCACUUGGCUCCAGGAGCCCAGACUCCAGGGGCCACAAGACUCCAGGGGCCACAAGACUCCCAGGGGCCAAAAGGGGCCAAGACCCCCGGGGGCCCCAAAGGGGCCCAGACUCCCAGGGGCCAAGACUCCAGGGGCCCAAAAGACCCCCAGGGGCCCAAAAGACCCCCAGGGGCCCAAAAGACUCCAGGGGCCCAAAAGACCCCCAGGGAAUCACACCCAGACUCCAGGGGCCCAGACUCCAGGGACCCAGACUCCAGGGGCCCAGACUCCAGGGGCCCAGACUCCAGGGGCCCAGACUCCAGGGGCCCAGACUCCAGGGGCCCAGACUCCAGGGGCCCAGACUCCAGGGGCCCAGACUCCAGGGGCCCAGACUCCAGGGGCCCAGACUCCAGGGGCCCAGACUCCAGGGGCCCAAAAGACCCCCAGGGAAUCCACCCAGACCCCCAGGGAAUCCACCCAGACUCCAGGGGGACCAACAAGACCCCCAGGGGCCACAAGACACCAGGGGCCAAAAGACUCCAGGCACCACUCCAGCAUCUAG